UAGCGUGCAGCCCAUCCAUGCUGUUACAUUGCUCACGUAUUUGCCCUGCCCACUGUAAAAAAAUUUAAACAAGUUGUUGAAGGCUUGAUCAAUUUGGAAUGCACAUUAAAGCAUUAUGAAAGGGAGCCUCUUUUACAAGCUUUAUUCGUUCCAGGAAAGCUUGCACAAGCAAUUUCCUUUUAUUUUUUAGUUUUAUCUCUAGACAUCCAGACUAGUUUGUGAUAGAGAAUUGCUUAAUGAUUAAGAGAUGUUUCACUGUCGUCUUAAGUUUUUUUUUAAAUUUUAUUUUAUAUUCAUUUAGGUAGACUAAGUAAAUUCUUUUGGUGUUGUCUGUAUGAUGACAAUGUUGUGAAAGUGACUUGGGGAAAGCUAGGUGUGUAUGUUAGGAUGCAGAUGCAGUAGUGUAGCUGAAUGUAGUGAGCUGUGCUUGCUAAAACAUGCACAGGCCCUGAUGUUGGCCAGAGGCGCAGUGACGGUUCAGACCUGUCUGCACAUGAGAUGAGCUGUGUGUUGUGCAGUUGUUCCCAAAGGUGUUGCACGCUGAAUGUGUUCACGCUAUUAAUUGUUCUUGUUUCUUAUUUUUGUGGACAUCCGAGUAUAUUUCCUUACAGUUCCAGUAGUCCUUCCUGCUGUCUGCAAAUGAUCAAGGAAAUGAUUGUAUACCUUAAAGUAACAUCAAUCUCAAGUCGUGGGUUCGGAUGCUUUUUGUGAUGUCAUCUCAGCUUGUCGUGGUUUUUUUUUUUUUUUUUUUUUAAAUCCCCUCAACACAACUCAGAAGCUGUUGUCAUGGAUAUGUUGUGGAACAAUAAUGCAUUUAAAGUUCCAAUUGGGGUUAUAUUUGGGUUAUUCAUUUGAUUUUGUUGGUCUGUUCAUAGAAGGUUUUUUUCCCCUUCUCCAAUCCUGUUGGACUAAUUUAUUUUUUUAAUAUAUAUAUUUUUUUAAUUUUCCUCCAACCUGGUAUUUCUGUGCAAAACAAUGGUUUUGCACUUCCAUAUUUAUCGUAGGAGUCUUCCUGUUUAUCAUCUUUUUUCAAAAAAAUAUAAAAAAAAAAAAAAAAAUCAUGGGCAGUCUGUUAGACAUGGUUGACAAAAUCAGGGCCGGUGGUGUUUCAACAUACUGUACUAAUUGUUCUGUCUCUAAUCUCUCAAUGGGCAGAUAUAGAGGUUUUAGAUCAGGAAUGUCCAACUCCUGUCCUGGGGGGCCGGAGCCCUGCACAGCUUGGGGUUUCUCCUCAUUACACACACCUGAUUCAACUCCUUGUGCUAAUUACCACACGGCUAUUGAGCUGAAUCGUUUGUGGUGAAACAGGGAAAGAACUAAGCUGCACAGGGCUCUGCCCCCCCCCAGGACUGGAGUUUGGCACCUCUGCUUUGAAUUGAUGGUUUUUUUUAAAUAAUGGAACGUUUGCUUUUUUGUUGACCUUGUAUCGGCAGAAGGCAAAAGGGGGAUUCUAAUGAUCUAGUUUGUAUUGGCCCCAUAUAUAGGAGGGAAACUAGGAGUGAUAAGCAUUGGCGCUUUUAAUCACAGCUCUGAUAAAUGGGAAGACUAAGCAGGUGGCUAUAGCUAACAGACAAACUCCGCCAGCCAUGGAAAAUAAAAUGUUUGUGAAUCACCUGAGAACUUUUGAUGGUGAUCUGCGGGAUAUGUAACUAUGAACAGACUGGGGAUUUUCUUUUUUUAUUUUUUUUAAUCUUAAUCACGUUAAUCAUUCCUGUGACCAACAAACAUGCAGAGCACCCCCCCACACCCCCUUUACCAUUAAGUAUGCGGAUUCUUUUUUCUUUUUUUAAAUUUUUUUUUUUUGACCUACCUCAACUUUAACCAACCCUUUGGUUUUAACAGUACAGUCGUUCCUCAUCUGCAGGUCUGAAUGUAAAUGUGUUUUUAAAAUUGGCAUGCAUUGUACAGAUUUGUUUUGUGAAUAUACUCAUUUGUCCAGUCUGCAAAGUUUUGGAACAAACGUUUUUUAUUUUAUUUUGUUGUUUUCCUUUUUUGUUUUUUCUAGGCCACAGUUUAGGGUACGGAUUUGUUAACUAUGUUAACCCUAGUGAUGCAGAAAGGGCAAUCAGUACUCUCAAUGGGCUGAGACUACAGUCUAAAACUAUCAAGGUAUCUUAUGCCAGGCCCAGCUCUGACACCAUUAAGGAUGCAAACCUCUACAUUAGUGGGCUGCCCAAGACCAUGACUCAGAAAGAUGUGGAGGACAUGUUCACGAGAUUUGGCCGUAUCAUUAACUCCCGGGUCCUUGUCGAUCAGGCUUCAGGCUUGUCCCGAGGCGUAGCUUUUAUUCGGUUCGACAAGAGGGCGGAGGCGGAAGAUGCCAUCAAGAACCUGAAUGGUCAGAAGCCGCCCGGUGCCUCGGAGCCCAUCACGGUGAAGUUUGCAGCCAACCCCAAUCAGGCAAAGAGCUCGCAGCUGCUCUCUCAGAUCUACCACUCACAGUCUCGCCGCUUCGGUGGUCCCGUUCAUCACCAAGCCCAAAGGUUCAGAUUCUCCCCAAUGAGUGUGGAUCACAUGAGUGGCUUGUCAGGUGUCAACAUGCCUGGAAACUCCACCUCGGGUUGGUGUAUUUUCAUAUACAACCUGGGCCAAGACGCGGACGAGGGCAUCCUCUGGCAGAUGUUCGGCCCCUUCGGCGCCGUCACCAACGUGAAAGUCAUCCGUGACUUCAACACCAACAAAUGCAAGGGGUUCGGCUUCGUCACCAUGACAAACUAUGAGGAGGCGGCCAUGGCCAUUGCCAGUCUGAAUGGUUACCGCCUUGGAGACAAGAUACUGCAGGUGUCAUUCAAAACCAGCAAGUCUCACAAGUGAAGAAGCACGAACGACCGAAAGCUUGCUCGAGUUUUCUAUGGAGAAAGCGAGAAGCCACGCGGUCUUCGUUUUGUUAGCGUGACAGAUUCCGCAGCAGUUUUCAGUUCCUUUUAUCUAGGAAAGUGUUUUUUUUAAUGCUCUGGGAUGGAACUAAUUUGCUCAAAUGUUUCAUUUCUGUCUAGAGACUAACUCGGGUCAUUUUUUUCCUUUUUUUGAAGGGUGUAUGUUGUCUGUGAAAGUAGCAGAGUAUUUAAAGUUAAAUGUAAUUUUUGCCUAGUUUAAGCAAAAAGCAUGCUGUGUCAAAAUCUGAUUCCCUCUCGCCAUUUGUAGGUUCAUUCUUUGACCUGGACAAAUUUGACACUGCAGACAGUAAUCCUGAAACCCCUUUGCUCCUUUACCAGCCCUGUCUCUUUUCCUGGUGUUGCAGGGUUGUAAAAAUAGAACAUGCAUCAAAAGUCCUUCACUAUCAGAGCUGCGUGAGGAAAUGAGUUUUGAGCAUAGCAUGCUUCAGAGGUUUAGAACAAUAUGGAAGAACAGUCUACAUAGGUAUUUGUGAUACACUGGCAGUUGCAUGCAUUUUUUAUAUGUAUAAAAAGCUAAGGUUUUGUAGGGGACCUAGUCAAGACUUGGAAUACUAUAUAAAGGAGGACCAAAGAGACUGAAGGAAAUUAAGGUGUAAGUGGUCACGGGCCAUCCCGUAGUUGUUUACCCACUAGAUUGGAUUUUGCUGAAAUGUUUAGAAAUUCACAAGUCUGGUGUUUUUCCUUUCAUUCAAACAUUUGAGCAUCAGGAGAGGUUGUUCAUCCCUAAUAGCCAGUUGUUUGAAGUCGGCUUUUGUUUCGUGCUCUGGAAGCUGAAAGUGAAGCUUUUCAGUUUACUGUGGUAGUUUGCCUUUGCUAUUUUUUUGUUUCUUCUGCAUUUAUGACCAUUAAAUUUUUGUUUUGCUGACAUUUUGUUGUUUUUUUUUGUUUUCUUUUGUUUUUAUUCUUUUUCUACAGGUAUUUAGUUCUAGUUUUUGUUUACUGGGACAACAUGAAGAGGACAGAAAUAGGAAAACUACCAUCCCUUUGCUUCCUGCUUUUAAAAAUGCCCGUAGGCGUGUUACUAUUGUCCAUCGGACAGAGAUUUACAGAUGAUAAAUACAUAACCUUUUGAAUUGCAUGAUCUGUUGGUUUGUAAGCACACAGUGAAUUAGUUUGUGCCAGCAUACAAUUUUAUCCCGUACUGUUGGACUGUUAAGUGUUUACAGACAAACUUUGGCGACUCAGUUGCUGGGAUCCACCUCAAAAUGCAUUUUUUUUCCUUUUUAAAGCUUAAGUACAGCUAACAUGGUCUGUAAAUGUUUUUUUACCCUUGCAGAUGAAUUUCACGUUAAUUUAUUCAGUGAUAUAACGUAAAGACACUUUAAAAUAGUUUUUGCCUCAGCUUUUCAAUUAAAAUGAGUUAUUUCCCCAAGUUGAACCCUGCUGAUAACCCAGCAACCUUUUCUUGCUGACAGCAUGUGGGUGGACCUUUAACCUUGAGGUCAUUUUGCAUUAUCUGUGUUUGUACUCUAGUAUUGUUCACUGUUAAGUGUUCAUAGUCGAUUCCCUGUAGUUGACACCCUUAUCUAGAUAUAAGAAUUUAUACAUCUGUAUUUUGAAAGAAUAGACAUGCACAGGUCGGCGUAGUUGCUCUCGUUCAUAAAAUUGAAAAGUUCUCCAUAACUUAAGACGCUGCUCUAACCUAGCAGUCUCUAGAAACUUUCAGUUUUCCCAGUUUCUCCUCUCGUGAUCACUCGUCAUAUCAGGUUUUUGUUUUUUUGUUUUUGGACGUUUUUCAUGCAUUCCUUUGAUGUGGAAGAAAUGUGUACCUGAUUUUCCUUUAAGUUUUAAAUAGUACUACUUAGUACUGUAAGGUUGUCAUAGUCUUAGCCCUUCGGCACAUUUUAUUUUUUUAACAUUGCUGUAUGACUUUUUUUAAGAACUGGAUUUCAUAAUGUAUCACCGGUUUUUUUAAAAACCCUUAUUUUAAGAUCAGGAACAGUGGUUUGGCUGUUGGUGGCAAACGCAUAGGAAGGAUUUAUUUAUUUUACAUAUUGUAUAUUAAAAUUUGUAAUCUUAAGUUUUUUUUAAUUCGAUUUGCUUUUUGGGGGGUUACGUAUUUAAGGUAAUUAUGUUCAUGUGUAUUGUCUAAUCACUUUUCCUGAAAGCUGAAGGAAAAAUAAAGAUGAUCGCUUAUG